GGGAGACCUCACUCCAGAUGAAGUCGUUCAGCUCGUAAAUCAGGGACUACAGGAUGGAGAAAGGGAUUUCCACAUCAAAGCCAGGUCUAUUCUAUGCUGCAUGCACCAUAUGCCAAGCUGGUCUCCAGAGGUGGUGGAGCUGUGCAAGAAGUAUCGAAAUGACUCUGUGGUGGCCAUUGACCUGGCUGAAGGUGAACCUUCAGAGACCCUAAAGGUGGAGAUUGACUCUGAGCAUAAGAAGGCUUAUGAGGAAGCUGAGAGAUGUGGGAUUCACCGCACUGUCCAUGCUGGGGAGGUCGGACCUGCUGCCAUGGUCAAAGAGGCAGUUUAUGUCCUGAAGGCCGAGCGCAUUGGCCAUGGAUACCAUGUCCUGGAGGACCCUGAGCUCUACAAGGAGCUGCUGAGAACAAAGAUGCAUUUUGAGGUCUGCCCUUGGUCCAGUUAUCUCACUGGAGCAUGUUCUCCGGACUUCACCAAACACCCCGUAAUACAAUUUAAGAAGGAUCGUGCCAACUAUUCUCUAAACACGGAUGACCCCCUCAUCUUUAACUCCACCAUUGACAAGGAUUAUGGCCUGGUCAAGGAAUACAUGGGCUUCACCGAAGAGGAGUUCAAGAGAGUUGUGAGUCAGCCCUGGCUGGGUGCUCUGAUGCUGUCCUGGUGCAGCCCAGAACAACCUGCCGGUUUUUCUUUAUGAGCUGAAGAAUUUUUAAUGGAAAUCAGAAAAUGCUGCCCUGGCCUUGUAAGCAGGAGGCUGAGAGGGUGCUGAGCUGGCUG